AUGAGCUACCCUAAGCCCGAAUGGCCCCAGGACAUUCUGGAUAGAGCGAAAGGCGCCUAUCAUGAACCGACCCGGCGCGAACGCACAGCGGAUUACCCGAUCCCCUACAAAUUCGUCGUCUUCAAUGAGAAUCCCGAUAUGUCGGAAGCCGAAGUCGAAGGAAUCUUUGAUACGCUCGAGGAAGCGAACCAGGCUACUUUGGCAGUGUUCAGUGCCUCAUAUUCCGAUUUUCUUGAUCAGAAAAGGGACAUGUCCAAUGUCUAUGAGAAGGGGACUAAAGAAGAGCAGGAGAACGAGAUUGUGUGGGAGUUUGGUUCCAAUGGAGAGCUGAGCUUGGUUGCUACUGACGGCAGUAAUGGCGAGCAAUACUUGGUAUGGGUUGAGGCGCAUGGCAACUAA